CCUCCCGGAAGCGCCGGUGCCGCCCCCCCCCCCUCGACGCCGCGACAUGGAGCCGGUGGUGCUGCCCAGCCUGGAGGAGGUCGCGGGGCUGUACCGGGAGCUGAGCCAGCACCCGGGGCUCAGCACCGCCUGCCUGGGCCCCGACGUCACCACCCAGUACGGCGGCAAGUACUGCAGCCUCUACACCGAGUGGUCGCAGCGGGACCUGGCGCGGGCCGAGAGCAUCAAGUCCUGCCGGCAGUACCUCGUCUUCCACGACGGGACCUCCAUCGUCUACGCGGGGCCCGCCGGCACCUGCUGCGAGAUCAAGGACGAGCUGCUGAGCCGCGAGUCCCCCAGCGGGGCGCUGAAGGCCGUCCUGCGCAAGGCCGCCGGCAAGGAGAAGGAGAAGGAGAAGCAGUUCCUGGAGGUGUGGGAUCAGAACCGCAAGGUGAAGAGCAUCGAUCUGACAGCGCUGGACAAGCACGGCAGCGUCUACGAUGACGACCAGUUCGGCUGCCUGGCCUGGUCGCACUCGGAGACCCACCUGCUGUACGUGGCGGAGAAGAAGCGCCCCAAGGCCGAGUCCUUCUUCCAGAGCAAAGCGCCGGAGCUGGACUGCACCACCGAUGAGGACCUGGAGCGCCCCAAGAAGCCGGACGCGCCUGUAAAGGGCGAGCAGUUCGUGUACCACGAGGACUGGGAGACGCUGAGCACCCGCAGCGUCCCCGUGCUCUGCGUGCUGGACAUCGAGGGCAGCAGCGUCUCGGUGCUGGAGGGCGUCCCCGAGCACAUCUCCCCUGGCCAGGCCUUCUGGUCCCCAGAUGACACCGGCGUGGUGUUUGUGGGCUGGUGGCACGAGCCCUUCCGCCUGGGGCUGCGGCACUGCACCAACCGCCGCUCGGCACUCUUCUACGUGGACCUGACGGGUGGGAAUUGUGAGCUGCUCUCGGAGGACACCAGGGCCGUGUGGUCCCCGCGGCUCAGUCCCGACCGGUGCCGCAUCGCCUACCUGGAGAACAGCGCCCUGGGCCCCCACCAGCAGUGCAGCCGCCUCCUCAUGUACGACUGGUACACCGAGCACACCCGCACCGUGCUGGAGGCCGUGCCGCGGCAGGCGUGGGGCACAUUCCCCGGCAUCUACUGCAGCGCUCUGCCGGCGCUGUGCUGGGCGGCCGACAGCCGGAGGCUUGUGCUGGACACGGCCCAGCGCAGCCAGCAGGACGUGUUUGUGGUGGACACGCAGACGGGUGCCACGACCUCUCUGACAGCCGGGGCGCCCCAGGGGAGCUGGUCUGUCCUCACCAUUGACCGGGACCUCCUAGUGGCCAAGUUCUCCACGCCGAGCUGCCCCCCUACGCUGAAAGUAGCCGUCCUGCCCAGCGCGGGCCAGGAGGCGCAGGUGCAGUGGGUGUGCCUGCAGGAUGCACCCCCUGUGCCCAGCAUCAGCUGGAGCAUCCGCACCCUGCAGCCCCCCCCGGAGCAGGAGCACCCCCAGUACGGGGGCCUGGACUUCGAUGCCAUCCUGCUGCGCCCAAGCGAGGGUCCCACUGCCCAGAAGCCCCCCCUGGUUGUGAUGCCCCACGGGGGACCCCACGCCGUCUUCUCUGCCGGGUGGAUGCUGUACCCUGCCGUGCUCUGCCGCAUGGGGUUUGCCGUGCUGCUGGUGAAUUACCGUGGCUCGCUGGGCUUUGGCCAGGACAGCGUGAACUCCCUGCCGGGCAACGUGGGCACGCAGGACGUGCGGGACGUGCAGCUCUGCGUGGAGCGGGUGCUGCAGGAGGAGCUGCUGGACUCCAGCCGGGUGGCCCUGGUGGGCGGCUCACACGGAGGCUUCCUGGCGUGCCACCUCAUCGGGCAGUUCCCCGACACCUACCACGCCUGCGUGGUCCGAAACCCCGUGGUGAACAUUGCCUCCAUGGUCACCACCACCGACAUCCCCGACUGGUGCCUGACGGAGACGGGGCUGCCCUACGUGCCGGCUGCCCUGCCGGACCCAGCCCAGUGGACGGAGAUGCUGCAGAAGUCACCCAUACGCUACAUUGACCGGGUCCGCACGCCCGUGCUGCUGAUGCUGGGGGAGGACGACCGCCGUGUGCCCCCCAAACAGGGGCUGGAGUAUUUCCGUGCCCUGAAGGCUCGGGGUAUCCCCACGCGGCUGCUCUGGUACCCAGGGAACAACCACUCGCUGGCUGGCGUCGAGGCUGAAGCCGACGGCUUCAUGAACAUCGUGCAGUGGCUGCUCGAGCACCUGCGGUGCUGAGAGGGCCCCGGCGCUGUCACUCCCCAAUAAACAGUGUAGCUCAGCA